AUGAUUCAGCGACUAGGAGUCAAAUCCCUAUUCCGAGAACAGAUUAAAGCCAUUCUAACGUGGCAAUACACACAUUUUAGCUCUUUGAAUCAUGGCAAAGAUGAUGUCUAUGAGAUCGCUCUCCAGUUUCGACUUCUAAGGCAAGAAGGUUAUUGUGUGCCUGCAGAUGUGUUCGAAUACUUCAAGGAAAAGGGAAAAGGUUUUGUUAUGAAACUGGAGGGAAACAUCAAGGAAAGUACAUUGCAAUAUCCAUAUCGCAAGAGCUUCGCAAGAUUGCUAGCUCCUCAAAGUUUUGUAAACGAUAUGCCAGGCGCGAACUCGUGGAUGGAAGACUUGCUAGAAGUGGCAAACAGAAAGCGAAGAAUUGAUCAAUAUGUGCACCAGAAGGAGAUUCACCAAAUUAAUAAGUGGUGGAAAGAGUUGGGAUUGGGAGAGAAGAUGGAGUUUGCUAGAGACCAGCCACUAAAAUGGUACAUGUGGUCCAUGGCAAUUCUCACAGAUCCAAGCUUGUCUGAGCUUAGGGUUGAGCUCAUUAAGCCCAUCUCUCUCGUGUACAUUAUUGACGACAUAUUUGAUGUCCAUGGCACGGUUGACGAACUAAUUCUCUUUACAGAAGUCAUUAAAAGAUGGGAUAAUGCGUGUGCCGAGCAGCUUCCAGAGUACAUGAAAAUAUGCUUCAAGGUUCUCAAUGAUAUUGCAAAUGAUUUUGGCAGAAUCAUCUUUGAGAAGCAUGGAUGGAACCCCACGAGAUUCUUGAAAAAGAUGUGGGCGAAUUUGUGCAAUGCAUUCCUGGUGGAGUUUCAGUGGAACGCUUCUGGGAAAUUGCCAAAGGCAGAUGAUUACUUGAAGAAUGCGAUUAUCACUUCGGGUGUGCCCUUGGUGCUAACUCACCUGUUCUUUCUAAUGGGCCAAAACAUUGCCAACCAAAGUAUGGAUUCAAAGAAAGAAGAGGUGCAGCUGCCAAAUAUAAUAUUCUUAAUCGCUGAAAUUCUUCGCCUUUGGGAUGACCUCGGAUGUGCCCAGGACGAGAAUCAAAAUGGCUACGACGGGUCAUACGUGGAUUGCUAUUUGGGGAAAAUCAAGGCUCUUCGUACCAAAGCGCAAGGGAGCAUGUGA